CGGAGGUGGAGCAGGGGACUUGAGGCAGCAUGGAUCCUGAUGGCUCUGAGCAAGAUCCUGAAAUGAAGAAAUAUUCUUCUGUCUGUGUUGGCAGAGAAGAAGAUAUUAAAAAAUCUGAAAGAAUGACAGCUGUUGUCCAUGAUAGAGAAGUGGUCAUUUUCUACCACAGAGGAGAAUAUCAUGCUAUGGAUAUUCGCUGUUACCACUCAGGAGGACCUUUACAUUUAGGAGAAAUAGAGGAAUUUGAUGGACGACCAUGUAUAGUUUGCCCCUGGCAUAAGUACAAAAUUACUUUGGCCACAGGAGAAGGACUGUAUCAGUCUAUAAACCCUAAAGAUCCAUCAGCAAAACCCAAGUGGUGCUCCAAAGGAAUAAAGCAAAGGAUUCACCCAGUGACAGUGGACAAUGGGAAUAUUUAUGUGACUCUUUCUAAUGAGCCUUUUAAGUGUGACUCUGAUUUUUAUGCCACCGGAAUCUUCAAAGUAAUUCAGAGUUCUUCCUGAUAAAAUUUUAUGGCAAUGAAAAAUGUUGUGUAUGUUUUGAAAGUAUUUUUAGAAUAACCUUUGCUUCAAUACCAAAGAUGAUGAACUUUUUCCAAAAUAGGCACAUUUAUUAUCUUUAACAAUCAUAUAAAUGAAAGGUUCAAAGCACAUGUACUUAGUGUGAUGUAAGGAUCAUCAUCAGGAUCUAUAGAAUACAUUUCAGCCAAUCCUCUAGAUUGAUUGGAACCUGAAGGUUAUAGGUUUAGAAUAUGCAUUUUAGGAAGGAUGAAAAUAAUUUAGAAUAACCAAAGUGAAGAAAGGUUAAAAAAAAUUAGAUCUACUAGGAAAAAUUUAGGGGGAAAAUCCCUACUUGAUAUAGCAGACUUUAUCAUGGAAAAAUUUUAAUGUAUACAAAGUAAACAGAAUAAUAAACCUCCACCACCCAUCUUCAACAAUUACCAGCAUUCUUCCAUUCUUGUUUCAUUGAUGCAUGUAUUCACCACCUCCCCUAUUGAUCGUUAUAAUUUUUUUAGGUAAAAUUUAAACACACUGAAAUGCUUAAAUCUUAACUGUUCAGUUUUUCCAAAUAUAUAGCAGACCAUUUACACUUAAAAAAUACCUCCCAAAAUGGGAUCAGUUUACAUGCUGAAUUUAAAAACAAGAAACUUAAUUUGCCUGACAUCAAAACCAAGUAAACUUUGGCUCCAUUUCUCUCCAGUCAGGGCAGACAGUUUCAAAGUAAGGAAGAUACAGCUGCUCCCCAGCCAUAAGAGAUGUGAAAGUUUCAGUGAGCCAAAGUACUUAGAACGCCUAUAUGAAAUUUUCAAAUAAAGUUUUUUUUAAUUUUAUUUUUAUAGAAUUUUGUGCAUGUAUGUACAACUAAGUGUUUCAAGUAAAUGUUAUAGAGAGAAGAGAUAUAGGGUGUUGUUUCUUAGAGUCUUCUGAGUUCAUAGGCACAGUUGAUAUUAAGUUGGUUCACCCUGCUUUUUCUAUGCCAGUUAUUUAUGGCCAACGCUGUUCUGGUUGCGUCGUGCCAACACUGUACUAUAAAACCCUGGGUACUGAUCAUCUAAAACUCAGCAGCACAUAGUAGACUAUAAGAGUAGGUGGGACCAGAAGGAACUAGGAUGAACAGAUUAUUAAUUCAGAGUGAGAAAAGCUGUUUGUCAAAAUUGGAACUUAGUUUCAAACCACAGUAAUCUUCUUAGUGACAUAGGACUGAAUUUAGGCUUAAUAUUCCAAGGGGCCCACCUGGAUCCUUUCCCUUUGUUAUUGUUAAAAUAAGUGAAUAAAGUAUGUAUCAUUAAGGCUGUGCUUACAGAGCCCUUUGUUACAUAUUUACACUUUUUUUCUGAUAUAUUGCUACAUGCUACCCAUAUUCCAACACUUGCUAUUCACUAGACUACUAAUGAGCCAGGACUGGGCUUUUUAUAAAUACUAUUUUUGUCAGCAGCUACUCAUCAGGUACAGGAAAUGUACCAUCUCUGGGAUGGGUACAUCCCAGCCUAUUAUAUCAGGUGCUAAUCCUCCAGUGACUUCACAUGUGUCCAGAAUUUAAGAUGCAUGGAGGAAACCAAAGUACCUCCUGCAGGCAAAACCAUGACCCUGGUUUGCAGGGCCAAUCACAGAAGGAUUUUUUCUCAGGAUCCAGUGGCAACAAUGAGUAAUAUGGACUUGGCUUCUGGUUCUUAAUUUGUUCCUCUAGAUGUGGAAAUUAAAAAUGUCAUGUCAUGUCCUGCUUUCAUAUACAGACCUCAUCAGAUUUGUAAACAAUAUUUUGUUUUAUAAA